CCACCCAUCUCCAGCAUUUAGGACCACCCAUUUGAAGGAGGAGCCAGCACCGGCACUAGUUUCCCCGCAGCCGCGUGGUGGUGGUGCUGGUGGUAGACUAUAAGGUUCAUGUGAUCUGUCACAUGACAGCGGAUCUCCAGAAAGGCAGAAUGAGACUCCGAACCUGCCUCCUCGGGCUCCUUGCCCUCUUCGUCGCUGGCAAAUGCAGUUAUAGCCCGGAGCCGGACCAGCAGCGAACGUUGCCCCCAGGCUGGGUGUCCCUGGGCCGUGUAGACUCCGAGGAAGAGCUGAGUCUCACCUUUGCCCUGAGACAGCAGAACGUGGAAAGACUGUCUGAGCUGGUGCAGGCUGUGUCGGAUCCUGGCUCUCCUCGUUAUGGAAAAUACCUGACCCUAGAGGAUGUGGCUGAACUGGUCCGGCCAUCACCACUGACCUUCCGCACAGUCCAAAAAUGGCUCUUGGCAGCUGGAGCCCGGAACUGCCACUCAGUGACCACACAGGACUUUCUGACUUGCUGGCUGAGUGUCCGACAGGCUGAACUGCUGCUCUCUGGGGCUGAAUUUCAUCGCUAUGUGGGGGGACCUGCAGAGAUCCAUGUUAUAAGGUCCCCACGUCCAUACCACCUCCCGAAGGCCUUGGCCCCUCAUGUGGACUUUGUGGGCGGGCUGCAUCGCUUUCCCCCCACAUCAUCCCUGAGGCAACGCCCUGAGCCACAGGUGUCAGGGACUGUUGGCCUGCACCUGGGGGUGACCCCAUCUGUGAUCCGUCAGCGAUACAACUUGACAGCACAAGACGUGGGCUCUGGCACAACCAACAACAGCCAAGCCUGUGCCCAGUUCCUGGAGCAGUAUUUCCAUGACUCAGACCUGGCUGAGUUCAUGCGCCUCUUUGGUGGGAAAUUUGCACACCAGGCAUCAGUAGCCCGUGUGGUUGGACAACAGGGCCGGGGCCGGGCUGGGAUCGAGGCCAGUCUAGACGUGGAGUACCUGAUGAGUGCCGGCGCCAACAUCUCCACCUGGGUCUACAGUAGCCCUGGCCGACAUGAGUCACAGGAGCCCUUCCUGCAGUGGCUCCUGCUGCUGAGUAAUGAGUCAGCCCUGCCACACGUGCACACCGUGAGCUAUGGGGAUGACGAGGACUCCCUCAGCAGCGCCUACAUCCAGCGGGUCAACACGGAGCUCAUGAAGGCGGCCGCUCGGGGUCUUACCCUGCUCUUUGCCUCAGGUGACAGUGGGGCUGGGUGUUGGUCUGUCUCUGGAAGACACCAGUUCCGUCCCAGUUUCCCUGCCUCCAGCCCCUAUGUCACCACAGUGGGAGGCACAUCCUUCCAGAAUCCAUUCCGAGUCACAAAUGAGAUCGUUGACUACAUCAGUGGUGGUGGCUUCAGCAAUGUGUUCCCACAGCCUUCAUACCAGGAGGAAGCUGUAGCCCAGUUCCUGAGCUCCAGUCCCCACUUACCACCAUCCAGUUAUUUCAAUGCCAGUGGCCGUGCCUAUCCAGAUGUGGCUGCACUCUCCGAUGGCUACUGGGUGGUCAGCAACAGCGUGCCCAUUCCAUGGGUGUCUGGCACGUCGGCCUCUACUCCAGUAUUUGGUGGGGUCCUGUCUCUGAUAAAUGAACAUAGAAUCCUCAGUGGCCGCCCCCCUCUUGGCUUUCUCAACCCAAGGCUCUACCAGCAGCGUGGAGCAGGACUGUUUGAUGUAACCCAUGGCUGCCAUGAGUCCUGUCUGAAUGAAGAGGUGCAGGGUCAGGGUUUCUGCUCUGGCCCUGGCUGGGAUCCUGUGACAGGCUGGGGAACACCCAACUUCCCAGCUCUGCUGAAGACACUAAUCAACCCGUGACCCUUUCCUGCCGGAGAGUGAACCUAUCCCCUGCCCCAUAGCUGGUGGCUUAGUCCCUUAUUCUGCACUAUUGGAAGCCCUGCUGAACCCUCAACCAUAGACUGCUGCAGACAGCUUAUCUCCCUAACCCUAAAAUUCUGUGAGCUUGACUUGACUCCCAACCCUACCCAGCUCCAUCAUGCUCAGGUCUCCCUACUCCUGCCUCAUGUUUCUCUACAGAUGCUAUAACUAGUAUUGUUUGGUGCCCCCCAAACCCCCCUAUUUCACCCUCCCCAUUUCUUCUUUCUCUUUUCAACCAAGCUUUUUCAAAGAGUUGUCUAUGCUCUCUAUGUACACUAUUUCACUUCAUGUUCUCUCCUCAGUUCACUGCAGUGAGACCUCUGCUCUCACUUUUUCCCUCUUUCCUCCCCUGACAAUGACAGCAAUGGCCGUCCUGCUGCUUCAUCCAGUGCACUCUUCCCAGUCUUUGCUUUAUGGGCUCUCUGUCACAGCUGUCCACUGCCUCUCCUUCUUUAGCAUUCAGGGCUUAACUUCUUUUCUGACCAUUCCCACUUCCUCCUUCAUUCCCUCUUCUUCCUUCUCUUUCUCUUCUUCCUCACUGAAUGUUGGUAUACUUGAUUGCUUCAUCUUUACUCUUUUGCUCUUCUCAAUCUACCCAGUGUUCCCUGGAACAAGUCAGUCACCUGUAUCCGCAGCUGUCACCAUCUCACUAAAUCAGACUUCCCAUCGGAUGAUGAUUGAUACCUCAAAUGCAAGGUGUAUGACACUCAAUACUUCAUCUCCCUCCUUCCCAAUUCCAGACCAUUCUCUGUGUUCCUUCUUGGUAGAUGAGAAUAUGCUUCUUCCAAGCAAGCCAGAAGCCUAAGUGUUAUCUUAGACUCCCUUUUCCUUCACCUCCCCCUCCCUAUUACCACUGUCAAUCAAUAAGUCCUACUGAUUUCACUUCUUAAAUAUAUCUUUAUCAAUCCACAAGUCCUGCCAAUUACAUUUCCUAAGAAUAUCUAGAACUCAUUUACUUCUCUCCAUCUCUACUGCUACUAAAUUAGCUUAGAACCAUAUUUUCUCUCCUCUGAAUUCUAGGAGGCCCUUGAAAAAGGGCCUGUCUGUCCAUAAAACCAUUUUUCCAGAGUAAAAUGCAAAUCCCAUCAGGUCAUUUACUUAAAACCCUUCAAAGAUUACUGAUGAAGUUCUGGCUUUUUGUCUGACUCACAAACCUGAUCUUUUCCUUGCUGUUUUUUCCUGAGUAACAAAUUGUUUAUCCUCCCUUGUUCUCCCUCCCCCUUCCUCCACUUCCCCACUUUCACUUUUGCUCAAGAUAUUCUGUGCCCUUAACAUGACCCCUGACUCUUUGCCUGGUUGGUUUCCAGGAUUCUUUGAAGACCCAGCUCAGAAGUCUUCUCCCGUGAACGUUUGGCUCUCUGAAGCUAGUUGAUUUUGGUAUAGCAGAAAAUGAUUUGGUAUAGCAGAAAAAUCCCAGAUUUUUUCAAACCAAACAUUGUUUGAUUCUUGGUUCUGAUGUAGACUAGGAGAGAGCCUUGGACAAGUCCAUCUCCCUGAGUCUUUUCCCUCCUCUGUUAAGUGGGGAUAUCAGUACCUGCCUUUAACAAUAAUCAGGGAAUAAUUAAAUGGAAUAAAGUUGAUAGAGUGCCUGACACAAAGAAGUAGGCAGCAGAUGUUAGUUCCCCUUCUCCUUUGCACUGCAUACUGUGUCUACCUCUAGUAUUUUAACUCCAGCAUAGUAUUGAAAAUGCCAGUUUACCUCUUUGCCUCCCUUUGAAGACUCUUGGUGCCUAGAGGACUAGAGUGUUGUCCUACCGAACUUUGUACUCCCAGGCCCUAGCUCAGGAUUGGCAAGUAGGAAUUAAAUAAAUGUUUGUUGCGUUGAAAACCCCACCCUCACUCGUGAUUUUGCGUAUGUUGCAAACAUGUGAUUUUGCAUACUCAAGCUGAAAUACCUCCCUUCCUAUCUACAGCAGCACUAUUCACUCCCCUGCUGUCCUCACUUCUCCAGGCAGCUGGAGGGGAGUGGGGCUUUCCAACCCUUAAAAGGCUGAGUAAGGGAACUAGAAAGGAUGCAGACUGGCAGGCAACCUGUGGUUGAGGGGUGCCCCAAAACAAGGUCUUUAAGCGCCAGGUUCCCAGUGGGGUCCCAGACCCGCGGAAAAGCGUCCUAGACAUUGAUGGUUGACGUCCCGGCGAAAGGGCCUAGGAGUACGGCCGGGUGGGAGGCGGCCUGUCGGAGGCAUCUCACUGGCUGCUCCGGUGUCGGCGGGAGGCGCGGCGCCCCCGGAGGGGGCCAUGUCUAACGGGGUUUAUGUACUGCCGAGCGCGGCCAACGGAGACGUGAAGCCGGUGGUGUCCAGCACGCCUCUGGUGGAUUUCCUGAUGCAGCUGG